AGUCAUUCUGCCUUGAGGAACCCCUUAGCAGUGUGUGUUCCUACAGACUGGGGGACUGACCAAGUCACCCUUUCCAGACAGGAGCUUCUGACAUGGGGGCUCUUCUGUGGUCACUUCUGCUGCUGCUUCAGGAAGCCAAAGGGUUUUCUGGAGAUGAUGAGGCUUCUGAGGAAGUGGUUGCAGUCCUUCAAGAGUCUAUCAACCUCUCUUUGGAAAUACCAUCCAAUGAAGAGGUUAAGAACAUCAUCUGGACCUCUCAGAAAAACCUUGCCGAAGUGAUGCCAGGUAGAGAGGGACAGCCAGCCACAAUCAUCGUGAUGGAUCCUCGUUAUGGGGGCAGAUUGGGCAUCACAGAGCCUGGAUACUCCUUGUGUAUCAGAAAUCUGACCUGGGAGGACUCAGGGCUCUACCAAGCUGAAGUCAACUUGAAUUCAUCUGAGCUCUACAUCACCAAGUCUUACGAUCUCCGUGUCUACCGGCGGCUGUCAAAGCCCCACAUCACUGUGAACUCUGCGAUCUCCGAGGAAGGUGCCUGUAAUAUAUCCCUGAUGUGCUCUGUAGAGAAAGCAGGCAUGGAUGUGACCUAUAUCUGGCUUUCAUCACAGGACAGCAUUAAUGCAUCCCAUGAAGGCUCUGUCCUCAGGACAUCCUGGAGGCCUGGUGACAAAGCCCUUUCUUAUACUUGCAGGGUCAGCAACCCCAUCAGCAACUCCAGUUCCCGCAGCAUUCAUGUUGGGUCCUUCUGCGCAGAUCCUGGCUACCCGGAGAAGCCUUCAAUGUUCUGCGUUCUGGCCAAAGGCUUGCUCCUUCUCUUACUCUUGGUAAUUCUAGCCGUGGGAUGCUUCAUGUGCCAAGCCUGGAAAAAACGUGAGAUGGCAACGGUGAGGAAUCUCAGGAGAAACCGCAUCAAACUAAGGAAGAAGGAGAAGCCUGGCCCUAACCCAGUCUGACUGGCAUUUGAGGACCUCUGUUCUGAGCUUUGUUUCAAUCUCCAGGGAAAUCCUUGUGGAGACAGGCGGGGGAGGGGAUCAGAGUUGAACACCUGCGAGGGCCGUAUUCCCCAGAGACACCAUCUGACCAUAGAGUCCAGUCCCCUUCUCUCUGGAGGGGCUGCACUUGGUGUUUCCAUUUGUGCUGGGCAGCCCAGGAAAAAUCUGUUUCCCGCCUUCGCUACCUGUCCAGUCAUCUUUACUGAAGCCCAUGCUCCAUCACAGGCUUGCCUUUGGGUGGGGAAAACAAAGCUGAAGACCGCGUUA